AUGGCCUGCGAUUCAUUCCGAGAGGCCGAGGAAGCUGAUGCUUUUCCAUUAUUACAAACUACCUCCAUAGUACACACCAUCGGACAGGGCUUCUGCGGCACGGUAUGGGCCUCCGAGAAAGGUCCAGCUUUCAAAAGAGAGGAUGGUGGACCCGAUCGAUCUUUGAAAAAUGAAUUUGAUAUGCACCAGCGAGCUCUUCAAAGCUUACGAAAGAUCACAACUCUCCAAAUUCGCAUUCCAGCCUGUUACGGCUUUAUCGAGGUGAAUAAUCAGAAGUGGUGGGUCAAAAAUCAUCAAAUAUUCCCACCAGGCUUCUGGGCGCCAUGCAAUAUGAUCCAGUCUCAGCGAAUACCGCCUUUCCCAGGGCAUGUGAGAGGACUUCUCAUCAAGAACUACUGUCCCCCAAAUCUCAGACAGGAAAUCAUCACAAGCGAGCCUAAUAAAGACUGCUUGGUUAGGCCGUAUUUAGGCCGAAGAAGAACGAAGAAAGGAUAUUCAACGUCGCGAUUCACGGCAUUCUCUCUACGAAAUUUCCCACUCCAUCUGGAUCAAAUCGAAACCCUUAUGACAGCAAAUGAUAUAAUGCAGUAUGCAAGAGUUAUGGCUGAGACUCUCGCGAUGAUGCACUGGAUUGGUGAAAUGGACGGAAACGAUAUUGAAUUUGUCCUUGCACCACCCGUCCGGGAUUCUUGCUAUGAGAAGCAUUCAGAAGGUAUCACGAGGGCAUCUCUUUCCAAUGGUCUGAAAGUAGAUUCUGAUGCUCUUGGAAGCCACUCAAUGUGGGCCCUCGACUUUGACUUAUGUAGGAGAAUAACGAUGGAUUCAAAAGGUGUGCAGCAGGCUGCUGCAGCUUUUUGGCGCAAUGAUCCCUAUUAUCCCCGACCAUCGAAAAACUCUGAGAAUGAAAUCGCCUUGUGGUUUGCAUUCAAAGAGCAUUAUUUACGAAUGAGUGAAGCCUGUAUUGACAUUGCAUGUACGACCUAUGAACCACAAGAGGUUGAGAAACUACGUGCUCUACCAAAGCAGGUCAUCGGUCUCAUUGAACAGCGUGGUGACUCAAAAACUUAG